AUGGAACACUCUUCGGCCAUAUUUUCCGCAGCGGAGAAGCAAGAGCCGCACCGUCAGCACUUGACAUUCGCAACAGAUUUAUCUUUUUUGUUGGGAUCUCAUCCUGUCCCACCCCCUAAAUUGAAGCAUCUUGAGUCCCCUUAUGAAUGGACACGACAUUACAAAGGGGUCCUAACUGGAGUGUCAUGCAUUGCAACUCUAUUUGCCUCCUUCGCGGCGAGCUGCUAUAGUCCCGGAGCAGCGCAAAUGGAAGCCGAAUGGCAUGUCAGUCAAGUCGCUAGUCUGGUCGGGAUCACGACCUUCACCGGCGGUUUCGCAAUUGGCCCCAUGUUCCUCGCCCCUUUUUCGGAGAUCUAUGGGCGGAAGCCAGUCUUCAUCGCCACGGCCAUCCUUUUCGCGAUUUGUCAAGUAUGCUGCGCAGUCACGCGACUGUAUUCCGGCAUGUUGGUAGCGCGCUUCUUCUGCGGCAUCGGAGGCUCCACCUUUUCCACCAUGGUGGGUGGGGUUAUGGCGGACAUUUACCACUCCCAGAAUCGCAACGCUCCGAUGGCUCUCUUUUCCUGGGCCGCACUCUUCGGCACGGGUCUUGGGCCCUUGGUCUGUGGAUUUAUCAGCCAAUACACCGGCUGGCGUUGGAUCUUCUACAUCCAGAUUAUUAUCGCUGGCUUGAUAACCGCGGCGGUCCUGGCCUUCUUCCGCGAAACACGCGGACCCGUUAUUCUCUGCGAGAAAGCCCGACGAUUGAACGAAUGGCACAGAGCCAUGGAGGCAGAUGCGGCUGCCACUGCCGCAGGGGAACAAACGGCUCAGGACACAGACAGACAAGAGCUCAGGCGCAUGGACAUGGUUCGAUGGCAGGUGGCUGCGGAUGCGGAACGUGCUGGAAUUCUGCAGCUGCUUCGGACCUCGCUGCUGCGGCCUUUCACCAUGCUUUUCACUGAGCCUGUUGUCUUCUUCUUCUCCCUUUGGGCAGCCUUCAGUUGGUCGGUUCUCUACAUAAAUCUCUCUGCCAUCCCGCUCGUCUUCGAGACCGCUUACUCGUUCUCGCUCUCGUCUGCCAACGCCAUUUUCGCAGCCUCGUGUAUCGGGAGCACGGUGGCGCUAGCCUUAUGCCUGGUACAGGAGUCUCUGGCAACCAGCUUCUGGUACACGCGCAAGCGAGAUCAUCAGUCCAUGUGGAAUUCGGUGCCCGAACACCGGCUGUAUUUCAGCUGUGUGGAGAGCUUGCUUCUACCACUGGGCCUUUUCCUGUUUGGCUGGUCAGCGCAGUACCAGGUGCACUGGAUAGUGCCUGCUGUGGCGGUGGGAAUUUCUACUGUCGGAAUCUUCUCAAUCUAUCUCUCCGUGUUUAACUAUCUGGCCGACACCUAUCAUCGUUACGCCAGUUCCGCUUUGGCUGCCCAGAGCUUUUGUCGGAAUAUGCUGGGCGGGGUUUUUCCUCUCAUCUCUCGGCAAAUGUUCACUCAUCUAGGAUUUGGCGCUGCAGCCAGUCUGCUUGGCGGCGUGGGCAUGGCUUUGACACUCGUACCGUGGAUCCUGGUCUGGUGUGGGCCCUUCAUCAGAAGACGGAGCAAGUUGGCCCGGGAGAUCAUGGAUUGA